AUGGUGGAGUCGUUACAUGAAUUAAUAUUAGCUCUUCUGGAUGCCAUUAUAAGUAAUAGUAAUAAUAAAGAAAAUAGAGAAGAAUUAUGUGAAUGCUUACAAAGUUUUGGUUUUCAGCAACCUACUUUGUUUUUAAGAGCUUCACAUGCUUUUAUGUUGCAACAUCCAAAAUUAUCAGCUAGCGAAAAAGCUAUGAUUUUAAGUAGUAUAAAUGUUGUCUUGGGAAAAUCUAGUAUAUUGGGAAAUUUAGAUGAACAGCAAGGAUUAUUAAUUAUAAAUUUAGUUACACAAGAGAUUACACUAACUAAAGAAAAUGAGGAGGAAUGGGCUGAGUCUGGUAAAGAAGUACUAGUAACAUUAGGUAAAAAUGAUAGAUUUGUACCUAAUGUAAUGGAUGCAUUAUUACAAAAAUUUCCUCCUGGUUUAUCACAUUCUCCACAUAAAUAUAUUGUUAAGUCUCUUUCAGCAAUCUCAGAACAUAAUCCUCCUGGUUUUAUUCCUUUUUUAACAGAUAUCUUAUCAAGAGCUGUUAGACUUCUUCCACAAUUAAAGAUUGAACAAAUGAAAUCUGUCUGGUCACAGGCAUUAUGUUCUUUUUGUGAUUCUAUUAUAGAAUAUUAUCAUUCUGGACAAAUAAAUGAAUCAAAUUUAUCUUAUAAUGAUAUUUUAAAGGAUUAUUCUGAUCAAAUGGAACAAUUAUAUGAUGUUAUUAUAACAUGGGUUAAUUCAAAAGAUUCUAAAGUUAGGGCUGAUUCUAUUGAAUGUGUAGGAACAUUAUGUAUGAUGAUUGAUAAAAAAAGAAUAAUAAAAGAUGUAAAAAAAUUAGUUACAUUAUUUACAAAUUUAUACAAAAGAUGUACAUUAGAGGAACAACUUGGAAUAACAAGAGGUAUAUGUCAUUUUCUUGAGGCUUCCUGUGAGGAGGCUGAUGAAUCUGUUCCCCUAGAACAUUAUAUUGAUGAUAUAUUAAAUAAUGUUUUUCCUCAUGUAUGUAUUGAUCAAGAAACAAGAGAGGGAAAUUAUGAUGAGAUGACUUCUUCUUCAUCAAAUUUAAAUUCUAUUAAAUUAAGGAAUGAAAGUUUGAGAUGUUUCCAUGUGGCAGCAGAAAGAUUUGCAGAUAAGAUAGUGUAUUAUUUACUUCACAAAAUGCAAAGUGUUGUUGAUAACAUCAAAUUAGGUGCAAUUAAUUUAAUGAGGCAUUUAUUAAAUUCUCCCAGUGUUCAAAUGGAGGAUAAAAGAUCAUUAAUUAUAAUGGGAUUGAAACCAAUGUUGACAACAGAAACAUUAACAUCUGUUGUUAAAAAGGGAAUUUGCCAAUUAUGUAUUGCCUUAGCAGAUCAUGGUUUUGUUGACAAAGAAAGAAGUGGAAGUUUAGUAAUUGAUUUUUUGACAAAAAAUUUAAUUUCUGAUCCAUUAAUGUUAGCGAGGAAUGGUAUUUGUUAUGAUUCUGAAUCUCAAGGUCUUUCAACAGUUCAUUCACAUUGUGCUCAAGCAUUACAUACAAUUGCUAAAACAUGUGACUCCUCUCUCGAGUUAUUAUGGCCCCAUUUAUUUGAAUUUAUUUGUUUAGAAAGUUAUAAUGCAGUGGCUGCUGACAUAUUUAAAUGUAUUAGAAUUGUUGUAAAUAGAAUAAAAGAAAAAAAUGGAAAGUUAGACUUUGAGAGUGGUUUUGAUAACGUUAAAGUUGCUAAUAAUGUACAAGUUUUUUCAAGAUUAAUUGUAUCUUUAAAUGCAUCACCAUUAAGUUCUGCUGUUGUUUAUAGGAUUAAAGAAUCAUUAUUAUUGAUAGAAUCUCUUUGUGAAUGGUUUCAUCCUAAUUUAAGAAAAGUUUGUGACUCUAAAAUAAGUAAUUUAAUUAAUGCAUCUGAAAAAUUAUUAAGUAGUCAAAAUAAUGAAAAUGUUGUUUCAUCAGUCAAUUACAUAUCAUCUAAAUUACCUAAUCAAACAUCUAAAGGAUGUAUAAAAGUUACAAAAAUAGAAAUGUGGAGUAGUAUGGUAAUGGAUUUUGUUAAGGAGACACUUGUUGCAAUAAAUAGUGGUGAAUGGAGACAGUCAUUUGCAGCAUCUAUGGCUAAACAAAUUAGUUUAUAUGGAAAUCAAACUAGAGAUAGAAGUUUUUUGUUAACAUGUAUUGGAUCAAUUUUAUCAUACAUCACUGAUAAUACUUUUGUUGUUGAUCAUUUAAUAUUAAUCUUUCGUUCAGCUAAUCAUUCACAUUACAUUGAAAGGAUUGGUUGUGCAAUGGCUGUAGGAUAUUGUUCUAAAACACAUACAGAUUUGGUAUUAACAGAAUUAGAAAAUAUUGCAAAAUGGGAACAUCUUAAAAAAAAUUCAUCAGGUUUUUUUAGUUUUAUGUCAUAUAAAUCAUAUACUGAUCAAGAAAUGAUAAAUUUAAGAGCAACAUUAAUGUUAAGUUAUGGAUAUUUAAUGAUGAAUUGUCCUGUUGAAACAAUUGUUCAACGCCUAGAAAAGACAGUUUUAGUAUUUUUAAGAAUUUAUAUGGGUAAUACAAAACAAGAUACGGUUGUUAGAGAAGCUUUAUUAGAAACUAUGCAUCUUAUUGCAAAAGCUUUUCAUCCAUCUAAUUUUACUUCUGAAUACAAAUUUGAUAUGAGAACAGAACUUUAUGGAUAUAUUAAAGAAUAUAUACAAUCUGAAAAUCAGGAAACUCUUUCUAGUUGGGUAAGAUUACUUGCAUGUAAAGCUACAACAUCAUUAAUUAAAUUAGAACCAGAUGUUUUGGAGGAUGAACUUUGGGAUUUGAUAAAAGUUAUGGCUAAAUUUACUUUAUCAUUAAGAAGAGAAAAAAGUGGAUUAAAGACGAUUGAUAAUGAUCAGGCAAGUACAAUGAUGGAAGCAACAGUUGAAAAAUUUAGAGAGGUAAUUCAACAAAUGAUAAAAAAAAAACCAACAGUUGAGACGGUGUUUGAUUUAUUAAAAAUGUUUACACCAUACUUUGGUUCACAAUAUGAUCAUGAAAGGACAAGAGCUAUUGAUAUAGUUGUUCUUAUUCUUGAAUCAUAUAAUGAUAAUGCUACAGAUAUUAGUUUAGGAAAAGCUAAUGAUUUUAUGCCAAUGUAUUUUUUGUUGGGACGUCUUUGUCCCAGAAUUACUGAUUCACUUUUCCAAGUACGAAAGUCAUCUUUAAAAGCAAUUAAAAUAACUUUUAGUUUAUGGUCUCUUCAUAGAGGAUUUUCAAAAGAUCAUGCUGAUGAAGAUUUUGAUGUAAAUAAAUUUAUUAAAAUAUAUUUGGCAAAUGAAACCAAAUUGGAUUCAAAUAGUAGUAGGAAAGCUAUUGCAGCAAUGGGAGAACAUGUAGAAUCAAGAUUACCACAAUCUCAAAUUCAUCAAUAUCUUUCUGUUCUUUUUGAAAUGUUAACAGAUCGUCAAAGUAUUGUUAGUUCAAGUGCUGCUCAGUUGUUAGCAUCAAUUAUAAAAAGUAGAGGAAGUCAACUUGAGUCAGAGGCAGAAUUUUUAACGGAAGUAAUGUUAAAUAAAUUAGCUGAAAUUCAAAAUUGUAUUCAAACUUAUUCAGAUUUGUUAAAUGCUUUAAUAACAUUAGCUUCUCAUCAAUUGUAUACUGUUAUUGAUGUAUUAUUACGUCAAGAACUUCCAUAUUCUGUCUCAACAACAGAUGUUUGGCAAAGUCUUUCUAGAGAAAGUACACAGUUUGGAUUAAUUUUAGAUUAUCUAUUUGAGUUAAUGGGACUUAUUGUUGAUGAAAAUAAAGAUACAUCCACAACUUCUAUAUCAAUGCAAACAUUUUCACCAACAAAAAAUAUUGACAUUGGAAAUGGUUUUACAAUAAAAAAUGUAACUCCAGAAUGUUGUGCUUUUCUAUCAGCAAUUAAUGUUAUCAUGAAAGCAUCACCAUCAGAAGAAAUUUUAUCAAAUAGAAGUUAUCAAAUUUUAGCAAUUCUUUUACAAUUAUUAUCUUCAAUAAUUGAUUCAAAAUUUCCAUCAUACAUGGUAGAUGUUAAUGAUGAUGAAAAAAAUUCAUGUGACUCAUCAAAAUCACCAAAAAUUAAACCAUCAAUAUUAACAAAUAAAUUAAAAACAAUUUUUUCAUCACCUUCUUUGUUAGUUUCAACUGCCAUUAAAACAUUAUUAGAAAAUACCAAAAAUGAACAUAUAAUUGAUAUUAUGAAUAGUGAACGUGCCUGGACAUUAUUAACACAUUUACAAAAUUAUACAAAUGGUGUUGAUAUUUUAUGUAAAGCAUUAUCAGAUAGUAGACCACAAUGGAUAAGACCAUUAACUAAAUUAUUAGAACUUUAUAUUUCAAGUACAUUAAAUGCUCAUAGAAUAUCUAUAGCUAUUGUUUUUUCUUCAUUAGUUGCACGUUGCCCCGAUAAUCAUGGAAAUUUUGAUUUAACUUUUUUUGACAGUAUAAUGGAAACAUUAUUAGAAUUAAUAAAAGAUGAAUGUUUACUUGUAAGAAAGUUAUCAAUAAGAGGUUUAGGAAAAUUACCAAUUGUUGCUUCUAUAUGUCAUGCUCAGUCAUCUAGUAUUGUUUUAGAAAAAUAUAUAAAAUUAGCAGUAGAAUCAGCAAUGAAAGGAUUAGAUGAUACUAAUGAUGUUGAUGAUCAAGUUACAAUAGAAUCUUUAAAAGCUCUUGAUUCAUUGGUAUUAGUUGCUGAUAUUAAGAAUGCUGUAUUGAGAUCUGUAUCAUUUUCUUUAUUAUCAGAAUUAGCAACUAAAGUUGAACAAAAUGAUAUAUUUAUUGAUGCAUUACAUUCAAAUAUUGUAGCUAUUGCAAUUCAUUUAAAUGAUGAAGAUGAAAUUGUUAGAAAGAAAUGUGUUAUGGUUUUAAAAAAAUCUGUUGAAUUAUUUACAGCUCCAGCAUUGUCAACAUUAAUUGCCAGGUCAUUUGAAAAUAAUGAUGUUCAAAUUAAUUAUAAUAAUUUUAUAAAAGAUUUUGCCAUGGUUGUUGCUAUAUCUUAUCCUGAAAAAUUAAAUUACAAUUCAUUGAUAUGUGCUGGAUAUUUUAAUUCAACAAAUGCAAGAAGUAGAAUGAAUUCUGCUAUAUUUAUAGGUUACCUUUUAUCAGAGCUUAAUGAUAAUUUAAGAAGUUUUAUUCCAAUUAAUAUUAUAUUUCCUGGUUUAGCUAAAUUGCUUAAAGAUCCCGAACCACAAGUAUCUUUGGCUGCUGCAAAAGCUAUAAGUUGUCUAGCUAAUUUUACAUAG